AUGACCGAUCCUCAACCAUACCCGGCCUUCCGCCAUGUCCUGCCCUCAACCAUCUUACCUCAGCCAUGUCCAGCCUUCAGCAAUCUUACCUCAGCCAUGUCCGGCCUUCAGCCAUCUUACCUCAGCCAUCUUACCUCAGCCAUCUUACCUCAGCCAUCUUACCUCAGCCAUCUUACCUCAGCCAUCUUACCUCAGCCAUCUUACCUCAGCCAUCUUACCUCAGCCAUCUUACCUCAGCCAUCUUACCUCAGCCAUCUUACCUCAGCCAUCUUACCUCAGCCAUCUUACCUCAGCCAUCUUACCUCAGCCAUCUUACCUCAGCCAUCUUACCUCAGCCAUCUUACCUCAGCCAUCUUACCUCAGCCAUCUUACCUCAGCCAUCUUACCUCAGCCAUCUUANGACCGGCCCUCAGCCACCUUACCUCAGUCAUACCCGGCCCUCAGCCACCUUCCCUCAGCCAUGUCCGGCCCUCAGCCACCUUCCCUCAGCCAUGUCCGGACGGCAUGACGCAGCAUGAGUGGUCGUCGCGCUAUGUCAGGCGUGGCUCGUAA